CGUCAGUGGCAGUGUUUUGGAAGUAGCAGAGGACGGGCGAGCCUAGUUCUGGCCCCACUCGUCCAGCAGAACACGCAGCGAUCGGGGAGUGCGGCUCAAACAGCGGAUAAGUCACGAGGCCGGGAAGCGGUGCUGGGCGAUAGAGCGGAGACCCCGGGGGGUGAUGUGAUGGUUAUAGCCUGUGUACGGGUUAUGUCUGCGGCCGUCGCCGCCUUCGGGCUCCCAGUUCUCAUCCUUUUCCUGGUGCUGCUUUCUGAGAGCAUGGCAUUAAAAUGCUUCUGCGACCAGUGUGUGAAAGACAACCAGACCUGUGUUACUGAUGGGUUGUGCUUUGUAUCCUUAACAUACAAUGGUGAUAAGGAAGGCUAUAACCGCAUGUGCGUUGGAAAAAGUGAGCUUUUUCCUGCAGACAGACCAUUUGUGUGCGCUCACAAUAAUAUUGGUGAUUUGCCUAUACCUCAUUGCUGUGAUGUGGAUUUCUGCAAUAAACAUAGUCUGCCUGCUCUUGUUCCAUCACCAAAGCCUGUUGCCAUUUUUACCCCAGUGGAAUUGGCGGCGAUUAUUGCUGGUCCGGUUUGUUUUAUAUGUAUCUUACUGAUGCUAAUUAUGUACAUAUGCCACAACCGCACAGUUAUCCAUCAUCGUGUUCCUAAUGAGGAAGAUCCUUCACUGGAUCGGCCCUUUAUAUCCGAGGGAACAACACUGAAAGAUUUAAUAUACGAUAUGACCACCUCAGGAUCUGGCUCAGGUCUACCUUUACUUGUGCAAAGAACGAUUGCUAGGACUAUAGUUUUGCAAGAGAGCAUUGGCAAAGGUCGCUUUGGUGAAGUGUGGCGUGGGAAGUGGAGAGGAGAAGAAGUGGCAGUAAAGAUUUUCUCUUCAAGAGAAGAACGUUCAUGGUUCCGUGAGGCAGAAAUCUACCAAACUGUGAUGCUGCGUCAUGAAAACAUCCUUGGUUUUAUUGCUGCAGACAAUAAAGAUAAUGGCACAUGGACUCAACUUUGGUUGGUGUCAGAUUAUCAUGAGCAUGGUUCCCUGUUUGAUUACCUAAACAGGUACACAGUGACUGUCGAGGGAAUGCUGAAGCUUUCGCUGUCCACCGCAAGUGGCCUGGCUCAUCUCCACAUGGAAAUAGUUGGGACACAAGGGAAACCAGCUAUUGCACAUAGAGACCUUAAAUCGAAAAAUAUAUUGGUUAAGAAAAAUGGAACUUGCUGCAUUGCUGACCUGGGUCUAGCUGUAAGACAUGAUUCAGCGACAGAUACGAUUGAUAUUGCACCAAAUCAUAGAGUUGGGACAAAAAGGUACAUGGCCCCAGAGGUCCUUGAUGACUCCAUAAAUAUGAAGCAUUUUGAGUCUUUUAAGCGAGCAGAUAUCUAUGCAAUGGGAUUAGUGUUUUGGGAAAUAGCCCGUCGUUGUUCAAUUGGUGGAAUUCAUGAAGAUUAUCAGUUACCUUAUUAUGACCUGGUACCCUCUGACCCAUCCGUAGAGGAGAUGAGGAAAGUGGUUUGUGAACAGAAACUAAGACCAAACAUUCCCAAUAGAUGGCAAAGUUGUGAAGCAUUACGUGUGAUGGCCAAAAUAAUGCGGGAAUGUUGGUAUGCAAAUGGGGCCGCGCGGCUCACUGCUUUGCGCAUCAAGAAAACACUUUCGCAACUAAGCCAACAAGAAGGAAUAAAAAUGUAACUAGAACUGUUUCAGUCUAUUUGUUUAACUGGUUUGCCUGAUCGGAAGACAACUUGUUCUACCUCGUUGAGGAAACGGUCUCGCAUUGCUGCCUUUCUGAAAUGUCAUAGGAUAGACUCUAGGCCCAUGACACACAUACAGCCGAUAACUUUCCAUUUAUACUGUAUGUUGUGAUCACCAUCUUCCCAGGACAUUUUAAAUGUGUCAAAGAAUGGUACAAAUGAACAUGAGCUGGUUUUUCCUUGUUUUAAUUUCAGCUCCCAGCUUGCCCCUAUAAGCACCACACAAACUGCUGGACGUUUAAAAGCAUCUGUCUGUUUUUUACAUUAUAUAUUUUAGUAUUUUUUUUUUUCAUUAACUCCAUUUACCAGACCAUUUCAUAGACUUUGAAUAUUACUUAAAAAUACCUGAUGCUGUUUUGAAGACGUUACUUAUGCAAAUCAGUUUUAUACAGUACUACACUACAUGCCUUCAAAGUAAUCGUAUUACUGGUAAGUGCCACUCACAGUGUAUGUAUAUAUGUAUAGAAUUUCUUUUUAACCGUACCGAAGAUUUUAUGCAACAAUUUCUAUUAUAUGCACACAAAUUGAUAUUGGUUACUAGACCAAAAAGGUUUGUUACAGGAAAGAAAAAAAAAGAAAAAACCUGAGAACUGGUUCUUAAAAAAAAAAAAAAAAAUCUGAGUUUUUGUACAUUUUCACAUUAAGUCUUAUUACGUUAAGUGUUAUUAAAUUUUUCACCAUUUCUCCAUCACUCUUGGCAGCACGUAGUUAAUGGAAGACAUGCUUCCCAUAAGAAUUAAGCUGCCUCACCAGGACUAAGGAAGACUACCCAAUGCUUAUAAGGGAAUGCUGUCGUAGCCCUCGACAAGCCAGGCUUUAAUAUAAAAGUGUUAAGUGUCAAAAAUGGCAAAUCUUUAAUUAUCCAAUUGACAUAUUGUAAGCUCUGAUCUUUAGAUUACAGUGCAUUUGUGUUAUUUACACCAUACAUGUGCAGGUAAUAUCUGAACAGUUGCAUAUCUGUUGCUUUUGGCUAGCUGGCAACCAUUGUUCAGGCAGCCGACCAGGAUCACCCCACAGCCAUGAGAUAGCAUGACAAAUUCUUAUAAAUACUUCUGUUUAAGAAAAAGCUACUUCUAUUGCCUUCUACUGCAUUUUGAUGAGUGGUAUGCUCCAAAUGUUGAAAGAUGUUAUUGUGCUCCCACUUAUUCACAGGCAACUAAGUUUGUCCUUAAGACUCUUCAUGUAAGAGCUGUACUGACCUGAACAUGCCCACAAACAAACAAACAAAAAAUCUGGCUAUAUUUGCUAGUGUGUAAAAUGAUUUCUUCUUUACAUAAUUAGCAGUGACAUACAGAUUACAGAUGUUGCAAACUGGUCUCCACGCUAAUAAAACACACAUUUGCAGUAUAGAUGUUAAUGAGCAUGUCACAAGGUAUCUCCUUAUAGGAAAUGUUGUUCAAAGAAAUAUAUUUAUUUUUUUUGUAUUUUGAUUUCUCAAGAGACCUUGGGCUAUAUUUACAAAGCAUCGGAAAGUAAAACUUAGCACUUCUGAUUAGGUGUAUGACUGAAAUUUAAAAGGGCAAUUAUUUUACUAGCAAAACAUGGUUAGUAAAAUCAUUGCUCUUUUAAAUUUCAGGCAUAAAUCCGAUCAGAAGUGCUGGGUUUUACAACCCAAACCUUUGAAAAAUAGACACCCUUAAUUUUUCUGUCUAGAUCCAGAAAUAAUUGUUCACAAAGGAAUAUGUACAGUUUGUAGGGUAAAUGAAACCUUUUUAUAAUGGGCUUUACAUUAUGCAAAUACUUUUUUAAUACAACAACAUUUUACUAAAUUUUGGACUCCUCUGAUUUAAAUGUUUUGGUACACUUGUAAAAGUACAUUGACAUUGUUAGUGAAUGUUCUAAUGGAAGACCAAAAAAAAUCUUUUUAAACUGGUACAUUCAGAAACUUAAAAUACUGACGUAAUUGAAUAUGUAAAUGAGUUUCAGUAUUUUGUAUCCUAAAAUAUCUAGAGAGCCAAAUUGUUUUUUGUAUUGUGUAUAUAAAAUGCAAUUUUCAUGUGUAGUUAUUAUAUUGCCCCCUAGAAUCUGCCUGUUUUCUUUUUGACAUCCCUGCUUUACUGUAUAUGACAUCAAUUUUGCAGCAUUUCAUCUUUUUAUUUAAUAUGUCCAGUCAUUUUAUAAUUUAAUUUUGAUUGCUUUAACAUUUAUUAUAUAUUAGUUAAGGAAGCAAAGUAGUAUAAUUGUUCCUCCAUUAUUUUGCCUAAACAGUAUUACUUUAUAACAUGAAUUGAUCAGUCUACAAAAAAAAGUUUAUUUCAAAACUGUUUUGAAAACUAUUGUGCAUUUCUGAUUACAUUUUUUAAAGAAUGUAAUUUUGUUAGGACUGUAAAUGUUCUAGUAUCAGUUUUUAUGUACAGUGCUUGUUAAGUUGUUCGGAUUUUUUAGUUUCUGGGUUUUUUUUCCCUUUUAUAGCUGGAUCUGUUUGAGUAUUUUUUGCUUUCUUUCCUACAUUGCACAUUCAGAAUUAAAAAAACAAAACAAAUUAAAUGUCCCUAUGUUUGAGAUGUCUAUCCGAAUCAGUGAUUCCUAAUGUUUUAUGGAGCACAUUAAGCUCUCUUUCCAUUUAUGGCAGUAGAUGUUAGUGCACUUGCCAAUGAUAUAUUAAUAAUGAAGAGCAAACAUCAGGUGGUAGGUAGUGUUUGAUGGCUUACACUGCUGCAUUUUGUGCACACUGGGUAUACACUAGAUGAUGUGUGUUCUCAGUGAUAUCGUCUGUGAUGGGACCCAGCAGGGGCCGUGCUGCAUUCAGCAGUAUGGGCCUCGCCAGUGAAGUCGCCAGUCAUCAGCGACCUAGUGUGUGUACACUGGACGAUUUGAAUGAUGUGUCUUCCGAUCCAUCGAAAUCGGGCACAUCAUUCAAAUUAUAGUCUAGUGUGUACCUGGCAUACUUUUAGAAGCUUUUAUUUUCAGGCUAUUUGAAAACCUUUCUGCAUAGGAAAUAUUUUAGUCCCAUACAGUUUUUGUAUACCAGCUUUAUUCUACUGACUGAUCUACUUGCUUUCUCAAGGACCAAUUCACAACCAGUAACAAAUUUCAAAAAUAAGGAAAUAACCACAUUUCUCUGACGUCCUAGUGGAUGCUGGGAACUCCGAAAGGACCAUGGGGGAUAGCGGGCUCCGACGGAGGCUGGGCACUCUA